AUGGACACCAUCACAAAAGAACAGAACAACAUCCCAGCACUUAAAAAAUCCAAGUCUAGGAAGAACAUCAACCACUUCACAGAUGUUCACGGACUGCCUUGCAUUGAGAAGCUUGUGACCUCAGUGGAGGACACCCCUGAGCCCAUCAGCACCAACAUCACUGGCAAAAUCCCAGAAUGGAUCAACGGAAACUUCUUGCGAAACGGGCCUGGGAAGUUUGAGAUCGGAAACAAUAAAUUCAAUCACUGGUUCGAUGGUAUGGCUCUCCUGCACCAGUUCAAAAUAUCCAAUGGUCAGGUGACUUACAAAAGCCGAUUCCUGUCCAGUGACAGUUACAAAGCCAACAAGGAGCACAAUCGCAUCGCAGUGUCAGAGUUUGGCACUAUCACCAUGCCAGACCCCUGUAAAAACUUCUUCCAGCGCUUUCUGUCACGAUUUGAACUACCACAGGCCACAGAUAAUGCCAAUGUGAGCUUCGUGACCUACAAAGGAGACUAUUAUGUCAGCACAGAAACCAAUGUCAUGCACAGAGUGGACCCUGAGACUCUAGAGACAACUAAAAAGGUUGACUGGAGCAAAUUCAUUGCUGUGAAUGGAGCAACCGCACACCCUCACACUGAGCCUGAUGGAACAACUUACAACAUGGGCAAUUCAUACAGCUUUAAAGGAGCAACCUACAACAUCAUCCGAGUGCCACCGACCAAGAAAACACCUGAGGAGACUCUGGAGGGAGCCACAGUGCUGUGCACUAUUCCAUCAUCAGACAAGAGCAGACCAUCCUACUACCACAGCUUUGCAAUGUCCGAGAACUACGUGGUGUUCAUUGAGCAGCCCAUCAAGAUGGACUUGAUGAAGAUUGUAACAGGCAAGCUGACAGGGAAAAGCAUCAGUGAUGGUAUUUCCUGGGACCCAAAACUGGACACUAUCUUUCACCUGAUUAACAAGCAGACAGGAAAGGUUAACGCCCUCAAGUACUAUACCAAGCCGAUGUCGACUUUCCACCAGAUCAACGCAUACGAAGAGGACGGCUACCUGAUCCUAGAUAUGUGUGCCUCAGAUGACGGCCAGGCAAUUUCUAACUACAACGUCCAAAACCUGCGCCAGUCUGGAGAGGACCUUGAUGAGGUGUACAACACUUUGUGUAGAGUCUUCCCACGGCGUUUCGUUCUGCCGCUCAAUGUGGACCACGGUACGCCCUACAACCAGAACUUGAACCGGCCCAACACCACAGCCACUUCUUUAAGAACUGACAAGAAUAAGGUCUUCUGUACCCAUGAGGACCUCCAUGGAGAGGAUCUACAUCAAUAUGGAGGUCUGGAGUUCCCUCAGAUUAACUAUGGCAAGUACAACACCCACCCCUACCGCUACUUCUACGGCUGCGGCUUCAGACAUCUUGUAGGAGACACGCUAAUCAAGAUGGACCUCCAGGGGAAACACAUGAAGGUGUGGGAAAAACCUGGUCUUUAUCCCUCCGAACCAGUCUUCGUUCCCUCCCCAAACGCUACAGAGGAGGAUGAUGGUGUCGUCAUGUCUGUGGUCAUCACACCCAAUAUGGACAAGAGUACGUUCCUCCUGGUUUUAGAUGCCAAAACAUUCGAGGAGCUGGGCAGGGCCGCGGUGCCCGUCAACAUCCCCUACGGCUUCCACGGGACAUUUAAUGCCACAGCAUAG